AUCACGUGGUCCAUCAAAGUGAAAGUGAAUCUAAAACAGCAGUUUUCUAAAAGACCACGAGCUGUUCCAGCAGCAGAGCAGGAGGUUCAUCUGUGGCCUCCUCAGCAGUAAAGAUUCAAUCAUGGCGUCAAAUAGAGCUGAUCCACCUGGUCCUGAGGAGCCAACAACAAGCGAUCAUAAUGACAGACCUCAGAUGCCACAAGAACUGGACAAAAUCCUGCAGAGAAUGGAGCCAUGUGUUCAACAAGACCUCCGUGCUGCCUCUAAAACUUUGUGGGAGAAUUUUCACAAACGCUCGCAGGACUCAAAUAUCAAAGAAUUCUAUAAUGUCUGGGGGAAAGUCAUCACAGAGUCUGACACAGGUUUGUUGAAAACUGAAGAACCGUCUCCUCUGACUGAUGGUCAGCUCAGUUCAGGCUGUGUUACAGUUGUACCUCAGUCUCCCUCAGGAAAGACGUCCCGCUCUGUAGUCAAGGUCUUCACAGUCACCACAGGGGAAACCUUUGGUGCUGAUGAAGCUCUGAUGAACCAGGUGAACACCUGUCCAGAGCUUCAGGUGAAGAGGACAGAGCAGAAGGACUGCAGAGUGCUUCUUCUUUUCUGUCCAAUCACCUCACGUCUUGAGUCAGACGUGGAGGUUGCCCUGGAGAAAGUGACAGGUGAUAAACCAGUCAUUCUGGUGCUGAUGCAUCACACCUGGAAAGCUGACUACUCAACCUCUGGAAGAACCUGGUCUGAAGCCAUUAAACAUGUCGUCCUGGAUGUUCAUGUUCUCUUCCAUGAGACUGUGGGAGGAUUACUGAUGUGUUCAAAGAAUGAGGAGGCAGUCCGUAAAAUACAAGAGGUCUUACUGCAGCACAGUACUCCUUAUAGUAGUGGUCAGACAGGAAAAAGUAGUUUUUGGCCUUUAAGUUGGUUACAGAGACAGUAGCAACUCUGGCUUCAAUGAAACAGCAACAACGAAAAAUGUAAAGCAGUUAAAGAAGAAAGAAAGUGGAAGAAAAACCACUACGGGUGUCAGUCAAUGUUUUUAUAAUAAUAUAAAUAAUAAGGCCCCCACUCAGUCAGUCAGUCAGUCAGUCAGUCAUUUACUGUAAGUUCCAGUCUUUUCAUUUUUGUGACACAUUUCUUUCAUCUUUCUUUGUAGAAAUCUUCUUGUUAAACUUGUAAAACAUGUUUGGGAUCAGACUGAAUUCAUGAAGUCAGUGAAGCUGCCUGUUCUCAGUUUGCUCUGUGCUGGUGUGAAUCUGAAUCUGAACUCUAUCAAGAUUUCUUUCAAAAAGAGGUUGUUCUUUCUUUUUUGAUGUUGAUAGAGAGGAGGAUGAAGUGCAGCUCGGCUCUGCACCUGUGGUUUGGACAGUUUCUGUGGACUCUCAUGACCCCUUUUCCACCACAGUAGUUUUGGUUCUGUUCAGGAAUCUUGGAACCUUGGUUCUAUUCAGAGAACCACAUAAACAUUCCAUCAAAUAUUCUAAUAAUAAUAAUAUAAAGGACGAUUUCACCUCCUUCAAUGAUUCUGAUUAAUUCACUUCUUCAAAAUAUUAUUCUGAAUGGCAUUAGAUGCAGUUUUCUUGUCAGCUUGUACAGAUCUGUGGAGAACAGUAUCUUUGGCUGAGUAAAUGUUUCCGUGGGGUAAAACGUU